AUGGCGAACGGGUUUCCUGUGAAAGAUAAGAUCGUGGCGAUUACUGGCGGCGGUUCCGGUAUCGGACUCUUCUGUGCCCAAACUGCGCUAGACGCGGGAGCGAAAGCCGUCAUCAUCGCGGACCUGCGCUUGACACCAGAGGGCGAGAAGCUGGCCACGGCGAACAAGAACGUCGUGUUUGAGACGUGCGACGUGACUAAAUGGAAAGACCUGCAGCACAUGAUUGAUGCCAGCGAGAAGCAUUUUGGGGAUGUCCCAGACGUUUACAUUGCUUCGGCAGGCGUGUUUGAACCGCCGUACUCCAACUUCUGGGACGAUCCGGAAGGGUUGGACGCGGAUGGCUACAAGGCCGUCGACAUCAACGUGAAUCACCCGAUCAAAUUGACUCGGCUUGCCAUGCGCGCACUCCUGGGCAAGUCAAAGCGUGGCGUGGUCGCCAUUCUGGCGUCCAUGGCGGGCUACAUCAAGCAGUAUCCGGCUCCCAUCUACGUGGCCACAAAGCAUGCGAUGGUCGGGUUCACACGGAGCUUGGGAGAUGCCGAAGCCCUACAGGGUGUCAAAGUGGUGGCGAUAUGUCCUGGAAUCGUCUCGACUCCGAUUUGGACGACCGGGACCCCAGGGUCCGGAGAGCGCUUCGGCAUUACCGACCAGGUCAGCAUCACCGCAGAUCAGGUGGCCAAGGUCGUCCUUGACACGGUGGAAUCCGCCAAGUAUCCUGGAGGGACGAUUGUGGAAGUCUCGAUGCUCGGUACGCGGGUUAUUCCUGAAUGGAAUAUUUCCCCGCCAGGCGGUGUCGAAGGGGAGACGGCCGAGGGGUCGGCCACGCCAGAGGAUGCCAUUCAACGCGUCAUUGGGUCAAUCUUGCAGGUCACCGAGAAGGAGAAGGGGGCUCUGUUGUAG